AUGUUACCAUCUCCAGGAAAGCUCGAGCUGAACACCAAUGGUUGCUUCUAUGAAUCCAUCAAUAAGGCUGGAUAUGGAGGAGUUCUUAGAGACAGCUCGGGAAAAUGGGUGCUCGGCUAUUAUGGGAAAGCUACAAGCACCAGCAGCUUGGAAGUUGAAAUAUGGGCUAUCUAUAGAGGUCUCACUGUCAUCUUCAAGAAAGGAAUAUCAAGUGUCAUCCUUGAGUUCGAUUCAAGUGUGACAGUUAACUUCUGCAAUGAGGGACCUCCGCCUGAUCACCCUUGGCAUGAUUAUGGCGUUGUUGGCAUAUCAUAUGACGUUUCACGUGAACUUGUGACUAGUUUGAUUUGGGCCGUAGUGCCAAAAUUCGUGACACACCCACAACGCCACAUUAUUGAGGAAGUGAGAAGACUUGCCGGUGGAACAAAUUCAAUUAUAACCCACAUCUACCGACAAGCAAAUCAGACUGCAGACUGUCUUGCAAGACUUGGCUCGCAACAAGAAGAUGAUUUGAUUGUAACUAGCUCCAUUCCUUUUGCAGCUAGGGAAUUCGCCCUGGCAGACGCCAUGGGUGUUGGCCAUCUCCGGACUUAG